CUGAGGUACCGUUUCGGACCCACCGCGGUCCGUACCACCCCGGGCGGGGGGCCACGCUGACCGAUUCCCCAGGGAGCGCAGCCCCCGGCCCGCCGCAGCCGGAGUGCCCUACCGUGAGGGAGGGACAGGGGAGGCGGCCGGAGAGGGUAGGGGAGGAGUGAGGCAGAGGGCAGGGCCGGGAGUCGCCGCACCGCAGAGAGCCGGGGCAGCGCUCUUGCCGGCCCGACAGCGCCGGAGCGGAGGGUCCCGCCGCCGCCGAGCUCGCUAUGUUCGGCCGCUCCGAACCGGCCGCCGCCGAGCGCGGCCGCCCCCAGCACGCCGCGCCCAGCAACUUUGAAUCUCCGCUGAUGCAUGAAGUUCCAGAGCACCAAGGCAGCAGCACAGAGAGUUCGGCAAGCAGUUUGGGAAGCUCUGUCACAGCAUGUAAGAAGAUUCUCUGCAGUAACAGUCUGCUAGAAUCAACAGACUACUGGCUGCAGAAUCAGAGGACACCAUGCCAAAUUGGCUUUCUGGAAGACAAGUCAGAAAGCAACUGUGCCUCAGUUUGUUUUGUGAAUUUAGAUGCAAACACAGAUGAUUGCAGCAAUGAGCAAGUGAAACAGCGGUUGAUCAGCGUCUCUCCAAAUCUCCCCAAACUCAUCAGUUCAAUGAAUGUACAGCCACCAAAGGAAAAUGAAAUAGUCCUGCUGAGUGGGUUAACAUCAGGAAACCUUCAGGCCGAUUAUGAAGUUCCCCAGUGUCCUUGGUUGGCAGAUGUCUGCUUGGUUCAGUGUGCACGGGGGGACAGGAGAAACAGCACGAGCUGCAUCAUUUUUGAAAUAAACAAGUUUCUGAUUGGACUUGAGCUUGUUCAGGAGAAACAGCUGCAAGUAGAAGCUCAUGUCCUAAAGCCUGAGGAUGACACAAACUGCUCCGUGUCCUCAAUCGAAGAAGAUUUCCUCACAGCAUCUGAGCACCUAGAGGAUGACAAUGAGGCUGAUGAAUGUAAAACAGGUCAUGAAAAGUUAAGUUCUUCAGAAGCAUCCUCAGAUGUCAAAAAAAGUAAAGGAAAGGGAUUUGAAAAUAGCCACUACAGAAAAACCAGAUUGCCAUCUAUUCUUGAAGGGAACUGCACUAAUGAAGAUAAAGCAGCUACUGGAGUCUCUGAAGCUGUGACUGUUGUGCCUGAAGAUGCAGUCUUACAACCUGAAGAUAAGGCAGACCAGGAAACACUGUGGCAGAAGGAAUUAGCUGGAAGAGCUACUUCAUCCUUUAGUACUAAUAAUUUGACCAGUGAGGUUGAAAAUUCCAGUUCAGCAAAGGUGUUGGAAGAUGUAUCUUUAACCAAAAUGGUUAAAGAGGAGCUAGGGUCUCUUCAUGACUUAACAGGAAAACACACCAGUAAGACAGAUGGAGACGAUUGCGCAGGUAUCAGGAAAACCGAUCCUCUCCCACAAGAUGAGCGGGCAACUACAGGUCAGUAUGCCACAAAUUUAGCAGAAUCUGUUCUGCAAGAUGCAUUCAUUAGACUGUCACAGUCUCAACCCGCUUUUAGUGAGGAGGCUGCCGUCAGCAUCUCUGUAGGAACCUCCUGUAAGUUGGAAGACGCACCUGCCUCCCGAUCAUGGAAUGAACUUCCAAAGAUUGUCAUAGUGCAAAGUCCAGACAGUUCUGAGAAUAUGUCUGACUGGCCAGGGUCUGCCUUCCCCAGCCUGCGUCACGGGACUGAAUCAGAAAGUUCUGCUGAAGUUUCAGAUUACUUUGAGGAAGGACAUUCAAACGGACACAGCCAGAGUGCACUGGAAGUGGCUCUGGCUUGUGCAGCCACUGUUAUUGGAACCAUUUCUAGUCCCCAGGCUGCAGAAAAAUUCAGACGGGAUCAAGAAGCCACACAGCCUAACAGUGGAGCAGUUGAUAAUGAAGAACACACAGCACCUUCACAGCUACUUGACUAUGCUGGCACAGAAUAUUCAUUUCCAUCUGCACUGUGUGGCAUGACUCAGGUAGCAAGUGCUGUAGCUGUUUGUGGUCUGGGGGAAACAAAGGAACAGAAGUACCCUGCUACUUCGAGCGGACUUCUGUCUGCUGCUCAGACUUCUGCAGCCAUUACUCUACAUUGCAGCAUAGCUUUAGGAAGCAGCAUGGAGAAACUAAAUUAUAGCAUUGCAGAGGCACUUCUCAAAGAGGCAUCAAUAAUUUUGACAAAACCCAACAUAUACAAAAAUGUAGGGCAUUUUAUGGAAUCCAUAAAUGGAAAAAUUAUUGAAACAGCAGCAAGACCACAGAUUCCACACACUAAUGAAGUAAUCAGGGAUGAACUUGCACAAAACUUAUCCAAUAUUAUUCUACGACAUUCUAUGGAGGAGGCUAGGAAAAGGAGGCAGCUACACCCCUGUUCAGAAAACUGCUCAAGUACACAAGACAUGUUCAUGGAGACUGCAAAUGAGUUGCUUUUUAACAUAGUAUAUUUCACUUUCAAGAAGAUGAACGACAUAAGACAAGUUGAAGAGUGUUCUCCCCUCUUUUCCAGGGGGACAGAGAAAGUAACAAGAGCAGAAGGAUGGUCAACACGGGCAACAGAAUACGAAACUUCACCUAGCCCCCUUGAUAGCUCUGCUGUUAAAACAUUUGGUACAUCCCACAGCACUAGUUCUAGCAAAGAUCUUGUAAAUGUCACAAAUACUAGGAAAAGUAAUAUGAAAGACGUAAAUAGCAAGGAAACUGCUCCACUAGAUUCAGAACCAACAAGUAGAGCUACAGGGCAUAAUGCACUUGUUGCAAAAACAUCUCCCAAGAAAAAAUACCUGAAAAGAACCACACGAGACUGUUACAAAUCCCCAAAUCAGAGUAAUAAUAAUCAUCAUAAGAAAGACUACAGAUCAUUUUCAGAUAGAGAAAAUACCUUUGCAAACAAUGAAUGCAAGCAUGGUGUUCAAGAACAGCUGUCUUCUGGUACUGCCAUAAAUGUGCAAAACCAGGCCAAGCAUAAGUCUAAUGCUGUGCUAAAUAAUGAUGUCCAGGUUAGCUUGUCUUUAUUAGGAAAUCAUGUCUUGCUUCCUUCACAGCCUGUGCUACAGGUGAAACAUUCAAGGGACAAAUAUUGCAUCACGGAUUUUGCAGAAGAAUUGGCAGAAACAGUUGUCUCUAUGGCAACAGAAAUAGCUGCCAUUUGUCUUGAAAAUUCAAAUGGAAAGCAACCUUGGUUCUGUGCGUGGAAGAGAGGUAACGAAUAUCUGGUGACCCAGAGUUUAUCUUGCAGAACCAUGAAAAGGAAAAAGGAAACCCAUGGUAAUGGUUCAGUUGUUCGGAAGAACAGGGCACCUAGACUUAGUGAGAUCAAAAGAAAAACAGAUGAGCAUCCUGAGCUAAAGGAAAGAUUGAUGAAUAGGGUAGUAGAUGAAUCUAUAAGCCUUGAGGACACACCAGACUCAGUCAAUAUCUUUGCUAAUGAAGUGGCUGCCAAGAUCAUGAACCUCACUGAGCUCUCCAUGGUUGAUGGCAUCUGGCAAGGUCCAAACCACCCCAGGAACAGGCUGCACUGUGAAAGAUGGAGCCGAGCCAAAGCCUCAAGCUGUGAGAGCAUACCUGAGGAGGACUCAGAUUCCAAAGCCUCUUUCAGUACCCUAGGCCUGAUGAACGCCUUUGGCCAGCCUGUCAGUCAGACAAGUUCUGUCUCAAAGCAAUCUAGUUGUGAAAGCAUUACAGAUGAAUUUUCAAGAUUCAUGGUGAACCAGAUGGAAAGUGAAGGAAGAGGUUUUGAUUUAUUACUAGAUUACUAUGCAGGAAAAAAUGCAAACAACAUCUUAACUUCCGCUUUGCAACAGGUAGCUAAGAAAAAUGGCCAUCUUAAUGUGAGACCAAGUUGCCCAUCCAAACAGUCCAGCACAGAAAGCAUAACAGAAGAAUUUUAUAGGUAUAUGCUAAGAGAAAUAGAAAAAGAAAAUAAAGAUAACUUAUUGUCCCCUCGGAAUUCAAAAGACUGGUGUGGCAAUUUGCUAUCACCCUCUCUACGAUCACCUUUUUGCUUUAGGCAAUCAUCAAUGCCUGACAGCAGAUCAUCAGGUUCUAGACUAACAGUUAGUGUCCCAGUUAAGGCAAAUUCAUUAGAUGGAUUUGCCCACCAUCACCAAGAUUCCUUAAGUGUACAGACAGUUAAUACAGUGGCUUCCUCCGGUCUUUGCAAGUCUGACUCAUGCCUGUACCAAAGAUGCAAGACUGACCAGAUAACAGAUAUGUUGAUUCACGAUACGUGGGCAAGUUCUAUUGAAUCUCUAAUGCGCAAGAACAAAAUCAUAGCAGAUGAGACAGAGGCUGCAGAGGCAGACCAGUUUCACAGUGAUUCCCCACCACAUGUGGAACAAUAUGCAAACAGACUGGCUGCAAAUAUUGUUGAAAGUGGUAAAAAUUUAAUUGUUGUCCAGCAGGAUUCUUUUGAUUAUACAAGCCAAGAACGUGUGCUGGAAAGCAAACAUCCUCAAAGCACAACUCAGACUCAAUCAAAUCCCCAAAGGGAUGGAGUAAAUUUGGAUGAGAAAAAACAGCACAUGAAGAACCCUGGAUGCCUCCCUGCAAGUCAGCAUAGGGAAGUGCCUUUAAUUCAGAUAGAAUCUGAUCAACGAGAUGAGCCAGAUAAAGGCUCAGAGUCCUUCAUUUCAGGUAGCCCUUCUGGAAAGGAGCAUCAAAGCAAAGAAAAGCCUCCAGAAGCUUUUGAUGGGAAACACACAGUUUCCAGUUCCCUACUAAAUAGCAACAGUCCUCAGAGCGGACCAGAUGCCGAAAUCGUAGGAGAGACAAAAACACCCGAAGAAUUUCCAAUCCACCUCAGCAGCAGUGAAGAAAGCACUGGCAGCUGGUCCCAGCUAGCUAACGAUGAGGACAAUCCUGACGACACAAGCAGCUACUUACAACUCAGCGAGCGAUCCCUGAGCAAUGGUAACAGCAGUACUACUAGCAGUCUUGGCAUUAUGGACCUGGAAAUUUAUCAGGAGAACGUGCCAUCUUCUCCUACGAUUAAUGAAUUAAUAGAAGAAAAGGGUUUCCUUAAAGAACAGACAGAAAAUACAGAGGAAAGUACUUCUGGGCUUUCAGUGGGAACAGCUAAUUGUCAAAAGGACCUACUGGUGAUAAAUUUUGAUCUGGAACCAGAGUGCCCCGAUGCAGAGCUGCGAGCCACCCUGCAGUGGAUAGCUGCUUCUGAACUUGGAAUUCCAACCAUCUAUUUUAAGAAAUCUCAGGAGAACAGAAUUGAAAAGUUUUCAGAUGUUGUGCAAUUAGUUCAACGGAAGUCCUGGAAAGUGGGGGAUAUCUUUCAUGCCGUGGUGCAGUACUGCAAACUCAGUGAGGAAGGCCAAGUGGUGACACCAAGCUUGUUUGAUUGGCUUCUUGAGCUGGGUUAAGAAAGCUCAACCUGUUCAUCAUUUUUGUUUUAUUCCAGUUUAAAUAAGCAGUGGUUUGUGUAACACUCCGAUUUCUGAAUGCCACUGAAUAAAAUGAGCAAAGAUAUACAAACUCUAGAGAAACAGCACAUGGCUGUUCCAGAACUGAAGAAGCUAAGUGAAACCAAGGUGUAUUGUAUCUUUCUGUAUCAUGAGGGGCUUGUGAUAUAUUGUGCUAUAGGGUGUACUGUACCAGAAGGGGAUGGAUUUUUUUAGUCUUCUGUAUUAAUGGGCUAUACAGUAAAGGCUUAAUUAAAUGUCUAAUAUGUUCCACUUUCAUCAGUUGGUUUAAAUCGAUCAGCCAAAAUGGGAUAGUACACAAACAUUCAGUUUUUAAUUGUCAAUAUUUUUACAGCUUAACUAUUAGAACCAGAGUGUGUUCCAAGAUGCCUAGAGAUGCACAUAUCCCUAGAUAAAUAAUUUUUUUUUAUCCCCGUAACCUAAGGGGUAAAAACUUUUGAACACUUGCCAUUAGUCAACACAACAAAAAGCUGCUGAAAGCACAUUUUAGUUUGUUUCCAUGUGAUUCUGUUCCAUAACCAUUCCCAAUUCCUGUCUUCUUCUCAAGGAAAUAAAAUCUAGACUCUCAGUUACUACCCUUAAAAAACCUGUCUCCUUUUCACUUGGAGGCAGUGCAGUUCAGCAUAGCUACGCAUGGUAUGUCCCUGAAAACAGCUCUGUGAGCCAAGGCAGCAGGUUUCUAAGCCCUGUCCUGCCACAGACCAUGUCCUCACAUGACCUUGGGCGAGUCAUUUCACCUCUGUGCCUCAGUGUCUCUACCUGGUAAAAGGGCGUAACGAUAUUACGAUUGUUACGUGAAGUGCUUCUAUUUAAAGCACUAUGUAACAUGCUACGUAUCAGUUAAAAUCAGUGAAAAAAAAUCCUAUUUUAAUUUUAAUUUAACCAAAUAAAUUGUUACUAAGUUGAAAAAAAAAAUUAUGCAUAUUUGAAUACAGUACCAUCUCAUAAAAAUCUUACUGUUAAUUUUUGUAACUUCCAAGAAAGCAAAAUGAUUGUUAGAAUUUCAUCAGACAUACUUGUUCAUUUUGGAUAUAAGUGUUUGGACUAUAUGUGUUAAUACACAUUAGUAUAAUAUUUAUAUGACUGUUUGAUAAAAUAAUCUAUGGUAUCGUCUUGUUGAGAUGAUCUGUUAGUAUCAUGCACUUAAUGAUGCAUUCUCUUGAUUCUGCCAAAGAGAUUGGUUUUGAAUUUAAAGGUAAUUGUAUUUAUCACAUCAGAGUUCUUCUAUUAUUUGUUUCUUUGAAAAUAUUUAUCUUUCCUCUUGCUCUACCUAAAUAGCAUAAUAGAAAACAUGCCUGCUUUUCCCAAUAAAAUAUUUAAGAGAUGUUUUAUUUUCCAUAUAACAGUAUAUGCUUCUGUAAUAUUUCUUGGGAAAAUGGGAAAAAAACCCAUCCUUUUGCACUAAAUAUUUUUGAAAAUUUUAAAGUAGUUUAAAAUAAUUUAUGAAAGAGCCAUAUUCUCAAUUUUAUCUUUAAAACCAUUCCUAAACUUGCAUGAUUGCAUCACUCAUUAUGAAACACAUAAUAGUUCGUGAAUCAAAAUCUAACGUGGAACAUUAAACAACAUGACUAAUCUACGUCUAUUCUGCAACAUACACAAAACAGUGAAGGUUGCUUUACUGUGAAAUAAAGGUCAUUUUAUUGCAUACACUGAACACUACUGUGCAGUCACUGGGUAGUAAUUCCCACUAACAUGAGUGACAACUCUGAAUGCUCAGCAUUUCUGAGGCUGAAAGUUAAUAAAAAGCACCAAGUAUUAUAAAGUGCUUUGAGUCAAUAAAAGGGAAAGUGUAUUUAUUUUUAAACCAAAUACAGUUAGUGUCAGUGUACAAGUUUUUUCUGUGAUAGAAUAAAUGUUUACUUAUCCUACAAAGCACAAAUAUAAUGAUGGAGUUGUAACAGUGUGAUGCAGUUUCUCUGUACAGUAGUUGUUAAUGUUGCAAUUUAUUCAGAAAUAAAUUUGUGUUAUAACGUG